AUGGGAGCUUCAUGCAUGAUCCGAAACCUAAACCAAGAAAGCCUAAUCAUGUCUUCUUCCGCCUUUUUGAUUUUCCUUUUCCUUUUCUCCUUCCUCACUAGCUUCACAGCUUCUGCUAAAGACCCUUAUUUCCUAUACAAUUUUUGUCCAAAUACAAAAACAUUUUCAAGGAAAAGCACUUACUUCACCAAUCUCAUAACCGUUUUUUCCACUCUCUCUUCCCCCAACGCCUCUUUUUCCACCGGAUUCCAGAACGCCACAGCGGGAGAAGCCCCCAACAAGGUCACCGGACUUUUCCUCUGCCGCGGAGACUUGUCCCCUGAAGUUUGCCGUAAAUGCGUCGAGUUUUCCAUCAUCCAAGCCAUAGCUAAGUGUCGGAACGCAAAAGAAGUCGUGCUCUAUUACGAUGAGUGCAUGCUCAGAUAUUCUCACACGAAUAUUCUAUCCACCGUUAUACUCAAAGGAGGAUACUUCAUGUUGAACAAGAAUAAAAUUUCAUUAAAACAAGAAGACCGGUUUGGAGAUUUUGUGUCGUCGACGAUGAAUCAAGCGGCUAUUGAAGCAGCGAGCAGCUCUAUAAAAUUCUCUGCGAUGAAGACCAACUGGACGGCACUUCAGACUUUGUACGUACUGGUUCAGUGCACUCCUGAUCUUAGAAAACAAGACUGCUUGAGCUGUCUCCAUAAAUCUAUCGAUGGAAUGUCUCUUAACAACCUUGGGGGAAGAGUUCUUUGGCCAAGCUGUAGUUCAAGGUACGAAAUGUACCCAUUCUACAACGAAACCGCCUUUAGAACACCACCACGACCUGAGAAAGGUGGGAAUUUAACCGUGUUAGUAGUAGCCAUCGUCCUUGUGGCUAUUAUAGUGGUUGUUCUGCUUUUCACAGCUCUCUAUUGUUUCCUUGCAAAGAGGGCAAAGAAGACUUCUGGAGACGAUAUAAUAACGCUAAAAUCGCUGCAACGUGAUUAUAGAACAAUUCAAGCUGCAACAAAUGAUUUUGCAGAGAGUAAUAAGAUUGGUCAAGUUGGAUUUGGUGAGGUUUACAAGGGUACAUUUCCGGAUGGGACUGAGGUUGCGGUUAAAAGACUUUCAAAAUCAUCCGGAAAAGGUGAAGCAGAGUUCAAGAAAGAGGUUGUUGUUGCUGCAAAGCUUCAGCACAAGAAUCUUGUUAGGCUUCUCGGGUUCUCACUACAAGGAGAAGAAAGGAUAUUGGUCUACGAGUAUGUGCCCAAUAAAAGCCUUGAUUACUUCCUCUCUGACCCUGCAAAGCAAGAUCAACUGGACUGGACUCGACGAUACAAGAUCAUUGGUGGGAUUGCUCGGGGGAUUCUAUAUCUUCAUCAAGAAUCGCGGCUCACAAUCAUACACCGUGACCUCAAAGCAAGUAACAUUCUCAUGGAUGCAGAUAUGAAUCCGAAAAUUGCUGAUUUUGGAAUGUCGAGGAUCUUUGGAAUGGACCAAACCAAGGAGAACACAAACAAAAUAGUUGACACCUACGGAUACAUGUCACCCGAAUAUGCGAUGCAUGGCCAGUUCUCAAUGAAAUCUGAUGUCUAUAGCUUCGGAGUGUUACUUCUUGAGAUCAUAAGCGGUCGAAAGAGCAGCAGCUUCAACGUGACGGACGGCGCACAUGACUUGGUGACAUAUGCUUGGAGGCUUUGGAGUAACGGAACAGCUUUAGGCCUCGUGGAUCCAGUUAUUGUAGAGAACUGCCAAAAGAGUGAAGUGGUUCGAUGCAUCCAUAUUGGUCUUUUAUGUGUCCAAGAAGAUCCUGUAGAACGCCCAACCAUGCGAACCAUUUUCAUGAUGCUCACUAGUAAUACUGUGACAUUACCACUGCCUCGACAACCAGUGUUUUUCCAUCAGAGUGAACCCCAAAAAGACCCGCUUGAUUCAGAUCAGUCUACUACAACCAAGUCAGUUCCAACGUCUGUUGACAAUUCAGCAAUCGAUCACUGA